AUAUUCAACUAAACGCACGCGGUCGAGAUUAAAAACGUCCGGGAUCGCCAUAUUGCCUAGCAGUGGAGCGUAGAAAAAACAUUGUGUUCUCGUGGAGUAGCCAAAAGGCCCGAAUAAUAAGGUGGAAAAAUAAAAACAUCCACCAAAUCAGUGUUACCGUUGUUCCGAGCGAAAAAACGUGGGAAUAAAUCAUCAAUAAUUAACAACAAUUGGCAAUUAAAUUGCCUUCAGAAUUUCCAUUGGAAAAUAGCUACAGUGGAUCAGAAUCAUGGGUAUCAGGAACGUCCAGCUUAUAAAGUGGGCAGUCCCAUUUGCACUCAUAAUCGGUUUAUUCUGGUACAAACGUCGACGUGUGGAUCGAGUUGAUCCAGGUGGAAAUUCAAAAAUCGAACAAGAUCCUAAAAAUUUUCCCAAGUCUCCCAGCAACGUGGCCAACACGAAUCUCAGUGGCUCUAGGAUAAAUAUCGGUGAUUCACCCUCCAAUAAAGAAGGUACGACAGAGGGUUCGGGUAUUGGUCUUAGUCCCAGAAGAGUCAGCCGGAGCCUUGAUAUUCCCGCGAGAAAAACUAAAACCCAGGGAAUCGGAAUGGAACCUAGCCAGUCUGAAAGCAGUUCUUGGUACACUGAGGUAGAACAGGUACCUGAGAUGAAGGAGGUUGUCCUUGGUAGCAAUCCAACGUUCUCGAGCUUCGACAUGAUGUCCAGGAGCACGAACCACGUGGAGAUAACUCAGGAGCCUGGGGAAGAAGUCACCUUUGAUUCUGCUCCUAAAGAGGAGGAGCCGAAGAUCUCCAUGGAUAGCAACAACACUAACGGACAAGCUUUGUCUGAGCGGGAUUCCGCUAAUCACAGUCCGGUGUCGGGAGUUCUUGAUGGAAGUGUUAAUGAUGAUGUCAGAAGUGAAGGCAGCACUGACAGUGGAAAGGGUGGUAGUAUCAAUGGACAAUCGAUAAAGCAAAAAGUGAUAACAACAUACGAAUUCACAAUACCCGAGAGCUUGGCAGGUCGUAUGAUUGGAAAACGAGGUAUCGCAAUUCAAGAACUCAAUACCAAAGCAGAAGUGACGAUGACAGUAAAACCUCACCCGACGACAAAAGACCUGAAACUUUGUUUAAUCGAGGGAACAGAAGAGAACAUAAACAUAGCAUUGGAUUUGAUCAGAGAGAGAUUUCCAUUGAAAAAAUUUCCUGAAGUGACACUCGAUCAGGUUAACGUGAGCUACGAUCCCAACCACAUUUCCUGGUUGGCUCACGUGAUUCAAAUUCACUUGGUAGCUGGAGUCAAUAAUGAUGUUAGGAUCUGUCACAUUCUGCAACCUGACAAGAUGUUCAUUCAGAUGCCAACUCAUCCAUCUCAUCCAUCACUUAAGUUGUUAGAUUAUAACAUGACACAGUUGUAUAACACUACUGAGUCACCACCUGUACCAGAUCAAUUAGCUCCGGGAAUGAUUGUGGUGGUCAAAUGGUUUGGCACAUGGGCACGUGCUAUUGUGGAGGAAGCUGAUCCGGCUGGAAAGCGUCAUUCAGUCAGGCUUGUCGAUCACGGUGGUUACUGGACUUUUAGUAGUGCAGCUAUGAGGAAAAUUAGAUCAGAUUAUUUGAUGUUGCCGUUUCAAGCAAUGGAAGUUUAUUUAGCAAAUGUUAAACCUAAAAAUGGUAAAUGGGGAAAGGAAGCCUUUGACAUUCUGAAGGAACUCUCUGCAGGUACUAUUCUGCAAGCUCAAGUAGAAGGCUAUAUCGAUUCCAGUGUUUAUGUCAGUUUGUACAUUAAUAUACCGAAACAUGGGCUAAUAUCUAUAGCCGAUGAAUUCAUAGCACGAGAUCUAGCUGAUUCAUCAACAUUCGAGGAGAUGCUUCGGGAACAGUCACUACCACAUUAUGCUUAUACUUCAGCAACUAAAAAAACCGAUGAUACAAACGUGUGAUUUUAAAGGCUCUGGCCAUAAUUCGUGUAAGUCCAGUAAUUUCAUUAGUUUAAACGAUAGAGAACUGGUGGAUACAUGUGAGUGUGAUUAUUAUGUUUUUCAAUUUUGAAAACAGUGUGUCUGACCAUAGUAUUUCAUGAAUGAGUUCAUCAAUCCUUUUUUUAAAGCCAAAAGGUCCGUUUUUUUGCAUUUAAUUGCGAAAGUUAUCCUCAGUGAAUGAUAUGAGUUGUGUUUUCGUUUAAAACUGAGAGAACUGUUGGAAUUAAUGCUGGAAAUUGAGUUCUUGCCCAUCAUCGGCCAUCACCGAUCGAUAAUUGACAUUUUCGGCCUGAAAGAGUGCAAAACAUUUUUCGAAAAAUUUAAUUAUUUGAAAUUGGUUCCGUUUGAAAUUAAUGAAAAAAAUUCAUUUCAAUAUUUUUGUAUAUAAAUAGAGCGUCUGAGAAGUGGCAUUUUAAUCUCAUCAGUGCAUGAAAAACAAUUUUAUUGUCAAAGUACUGCAUUUAAAUUAUUACUCUCCAUUAUUCACAUAAAAAAAACAAUGACUGAUUAAAUAAUCUUCAUGAUGAAUCAUUUUUGAAGAGCAUAUAAAUCAUAAUGUCUGCAGAAAUAUGAAUAACACUGGUGAGUGUCACUUGUAUGAAUGCAGGAGCAGUUCCUAUUAAGAGCAAAAUUAAAUAAUUUCUUAAUUAAGAAUCACUUUAGUUCAAACUUCAUAAAUUUUUAUACGCCAUUCACUUUUCUCAUUCAUCGAACAUAUUAGUUUCUAUAAUCAGCAGCAAUAUUUGCCUUUCAAUGGUCGACAUAUACCGAUCCUAUGAUAAACAUUGAAUUUAAUUUUAGGCUGAAAUUCUGGUCGUAAUUCUCCUUCUGUAAAUAUUGUAAACAUUUACGAUUUCUUCUUUUCCUACAUAUUGAAAUAUUUAUACAUAACGUAAUAAGAGAGGAGAAGUCCUAGAGAACGUUGAAGUGACAAUGGAGAAUAAUUAACAAAGACAUUACUAUUCAAAUUAUCCGAAGAAAAGAAUGUUAGAAUUAAUAUUAAAGUUAAAUAUUGAGAUCAUGAACAAAUGUACGAGUUAAUAUCUAUAAAAUCAAUUCAUGCGAAACAAGUUCCAGAAAAAUAUUCAUCAAACAGUGGAAUUCUAUAUUCAAAGUUUCUGGCCACUGGGAAGUCAAAAUGUCGGGGUGUAUUAGAUUAAAAAAUUUGACACAGAAAUUGAAUUAUCGCUGAGAUGUUUCUCUCUGUAGUUAUCUCUUCUUUUGAUACAGUAGAAUUUAUCGUAGUCUUUUGAUAAAGCAUUUAUUUCCAAAAAAUAUGAAACAAGAAAUAAUAUAUUUCGCUAUAAGUGCGGCGGGGUGUUAACGAGUGAGAAGUCACACGAGUUAAAAGUCCGUCGCACGUGUAUCCGAACUAUAAUUUUGUUAGUGAUGUUAUGUUCAGCGAGGGGGGAACUGUACCAUUUUUCGUUUACAAGUUUUGACUUUUUGUUUACAAGUAAACGAAAAUGCACUUUUCCACACUGGCUGAACGUAGCAGCAGUGAUAAAAAAUAUAUAUAAAUGAACUGAUUUUUUAUGCAAACAAAAAAUACAGGAGUAAGUUGAUAGCUGAUAAUUUAACUGGGAAUUGCCAAUGUUUCUUGAAAACCCAGCUUGACCUUCCAAAAAAAAAAUGCAAUGAAAAAUGUUGAAUGUUGAAUACUUGAUACUUAAUAUUGUUGAUUUCUAAUGCAAAAGAAAUAUUUUUCUGGGGAACUAUUAUUAAGAUAUGGCCGAUAAGUAUAAAUUUAUAUUCGCAUACGCGUCAUCAACGAGAUGUUAACUUCAUUAUUAUCUUCAUUUGUUUUUUCAACUAUUUCUUUCAAUUAUUUUCGGAAUAUUGGAGGGUGAAAGCGUUAAUUCAUCCUCUGCACUAUGUUGGAAAUUGAAGAUGAAGCACAAAUGUUGCUUAUCAAGAUAAUCAUCGGUUUCCUCGAUUAUUAAUCUUAUUGUAUAUAAAAAAAUUAUUAAUGUUAUCAUCUCAAUGAUAAGUAACGACCUAGUUGUGAGGUUGUAGGAUAAUUUAAGAUUUAUUUUCAUGUGUCAUUCAUUAAUAAAUAAAAACUGAUUUGUAUGUAAAUAUAUACCCAUGUAAUGUC